AUCUGCGAGUAGAACAGGGAGAGGAAAGAGAAACCAAAGCCUGAGAAGCGACGGCAGACGCCUGUGUCCUGAGGGGAGCCGGGAUCAGCUCAGAGGGAGCAUGGCGCCCCCCGGCCUCCUGCUGUGCCUGCUCUCCCCUCUGCUGUUCCUGCUGCACGGGGGCUCGGCCUUCCUUCCCCACCAUCGCCUGAAAGGCCGGUUCCAGCGGGACCGGAGGAACAUUCGCCCCAACAUCAUCCUGGUGCUGACGGACGACCAGGACGUGGAGCUCGGCUCCAUGCAGGUGAUGAACAAGACGCGGCGCAUCAUGGAGCGGGGCGGGGCGCACUUCCUCAAUGCCUUCGUGACCACGCCCAUGUGCUGCCCCUCCCGCUCCUCCAUCCUCACGGGCAAGUACGUCCACAACCACAACACCUACACCAACAAUGAGAACUGCUCCUCGCCCUCCUGGCAAGCGCAGCACGAGAGCCGCACCUUCGCCGUGUACCUUAACAGCACGGGCUACCGGACAGCUUUCUUCGGCAAGUACCUCAACGAAUACAACGGAUCCUACGUCCCGCCGGGCUGGAAGGAGUGGGUCGGCCUCCUCAAGAACUCCCGCUUUUACAACUACACGCUGUGUCGGAACGGGGUGAAGGAGAAGCACGGCUUCGACUACUCCAAGGACUACCUGACCGACCUCAUCACCAACGACAGCGUGAGCUUCUUCCGCACGUCCAAGAAGAUGUAUCCGCACAGGCCCGUCCUGAUGGUCAUCAGCCACGCCGCCCCCCACGGCCCCGAGGACUCGGCCCCCCAGUACUCAAGCCUCUUCCCCAACGCGUCGCAGCACAUCACGCCCAGCUACAACUACGCGCCCAACCCCGACAAGCACUGGAUCAUGCGCUACACCGGGCCCAUGAAGCCCAUCCACAUGGAGUUCACCAACAUGCUGCAGCGGAGGCGCCUGCAGACCCUCCUGUCGGUGGACGACUCCAUGGAGACGAUCUACAACAUGCUGGUGGAGACGGGCGAGCUGGACAACACCUACAUCGUGUACACAGCUGACCACGGCUACCACAUCGGCCAGUUUGGGCUGGUGAAGGGGAAGUCCAUGCCCUACGAGUUCGACAUCAGGGUGCCCUUCUACGUGAGGGGCCCCAACGUGGAGGCUGGCUCUCUGAACCCCCACAUCGUCCUCAACAUCGACCUGGCCCCCACUAUCCUGGACAUUGCUGGUCUGGACAUCCCCUCAGACAUGGAUGGGAAAUCCAUCCUCAAGCUGCUGGACACGGAGCGGCCGGUGAAUCGGUUUCACUUGAAAAAGAAGAUCAGGGUCUGGCGGGACUCCUUCCUGGUGGAGAGAGGAAAGCUGCUGCACAGGAGGGACGGUGACAAGGCGGAGGCCCAGGAGGAGAACGUCCUGCCCAGGCACCAGCGUGUGAAGGACCUGUGCCAGCGCGCCGAGUACCAGACGGCCUGCGAGCAGCUGGGGCAGAAGUGGCAGUGCGUGGAGGACGCCGCGGGGACGCUGAAGCUGCACAAGUGCAAGGGCCUGGCGCGGCCGGGCAGCAGGGCCGUCUCCAACCUGGUGCCCGAGUCCUACCGGCCGGGCGGCGAGGCCUGCUCCUGCCCCGGGGGCCACAAGCUCAGCCUGGCCGGGCGCCGGAAGAAGGUCUUCAAAAAGAAGUACAAGGCCAGCUACGCCCGCAGCCGCGCCGUCCGCUCGGUGGCCGUCCAGGUGGGCGGCGAGGUACACCACAUCAGCCUGGACACCGCCUUCCAGCUUCGCAACCUUAGCAAGCGGCACUGGCCAGGGGCCCCCGAGGACCAAGAUGACAAGGACGGUGGGGACUUCAGUGGCACUGGGGGGCUGCCGGACUACUCCGCCCCCAACCCCAUUAAAGUGACACAUAGGUGCUACAUCCUGGAGAACGACACAGUCCAGUGUGACCUGGACCUGUACAGGUCCCUGCAGGCCUGGAAGGACCACAAGCUGCACAUCGACCACGAGAUUGAAACUCUGCAGAACAAAAUUAAGAACCUGCGAGAAGUGCGAGGUCACCUGAAGAAAAAGCGACCAGAAGAAUGUGACUGCCACAAAAUCAGCUACCACACCCAGCACAAAGGCCGCCUCAAGCACAAGGGCUCCAGCCUGCACCCUUUCAGGAAGGGGCUGCAGGAGAAGGACAAGGUGUGGCUGCUGCGGGAGCAGAAGCGCAAGAAGAAGCUGCGCAAGCUGCUCAAGCGCCUGCAGAACAACGACACGUGCAGCAUGCCGGGCCUCACGUGCUUCACCCACGACAACCAGCACUGGCAGACGGCGCCGCUCUGGACCCUGGGGCCCUUCUGUGCCUGCACCAGCGCCAACAACAACACGUACUGGUGCAUGAGGACCAUCAAUGAGACCCACAACUUCCUCUUCUGUGAAUUUGCAACCGGCUUCCUGGAGUACUUCGACCUCAACACAGAUCCCUACCAGCUGAUGAACGCGGUGAAUACGCUGGACAGGGAUGUGCUCAACCAGCUGCACGUACAGCUCAUGGAGCUGAGGAGCUGCAAGGGCUACAAGCAGUGUAACCCCCGGACUCGAAACGUGGACCUGGGACUUAAAGAUGGAGGAAGCUACGAGCAAUACAGGCAGUUUCAGCGUCGAAAGUGGCCAGAAAUGAAGAGACCUUCUUCCAAAUCACUGGGACAGCUGUGGGAAGGCUGGGAAGGCUAGGAGCACGAGGCGGCCCUCCCACCCCGGCACCGUCUGACUGCACAGGCGACGAGACGCUGCGAUGGCCCCGCCAAACAGGCCUACUACGUGCUAGCCAGGACGUCUGCGCAAACAGCCAGCUUCCGGCAACGCGGCAGAUUCUGGACGAGAACCAUCAGUAGUGGUGACACUCACGCAAGUUCAUUUUGCCCCUGCUUUCGCUUUGGAUUAUACUUCACCAGCUGCACAAAAGGCAUCUUCAUACCCAAGUCACCACUAACGUCCCAGAGGCUCACACGAGAUAAAAACUCUUGGAAAUCUCCCCAGAGGGUGAAAGUCACUGGAAUUUUUUUUUAAUCAUAGGGGAAAACAGUCCUGUUUUAAAUUGUAAUCUGUGGCUCAUCACGAAGGACCACGCAGAGCAGCACAGAGGCGCCUCUCCGUGGCUCUGCACCCCACUGUAUAUACGUGACUAUUUCCGUGGAACCAGCGUGGGGACUCUUAGGGGGACUGACUAAUAGGAAAGCCCAGUUUUCAAGCGUGGUGGUGUCCACAAUGCUCCGUGGCCAGUGUGAAAGAAAACCCCGUGCCGUUGUGGCCAUUUCUGUUCCCGUGCGGCUAUCGCCUCCCCAGUAUUCCUGUUACCUGUUCCAGACCUGAUGUUUUUUAAAGUACUGAAAAGAAAUGAAGUUGAUGUAUGUUCCAAGUUUUAACAAAAUCGUAUUUGUAAAGAAAUUUUGUAGUUUAUUGUCAUACAAUGUUCAAAACCGCAGCCAAUGGCCAGCAGUUGGUAUGAGGUAACUUGACAUUUUGUAAAAGGCCAUUCUUGGGAGUCUUUUGGUGUGUUUGGUUUUUUGUUUUGUUUUUUUAAAGCUACCAGUCAAUACCUUCUUUUUGAAAGCACAUGCCUUGGUUUAGGGGGUUCUUUAAAGGGAGGGAGAGAGACCACGCUUCAGGGACCACACAGGUAAGUCUCACAGUCCACUAACGAACGCUAAAUUCCUCAAAAAGUGAAGUUCUAAUCAACUGCAAAACAAUUCACCUCAACCAAGUCAACCCUUUGGCAAGCCAGUGGUCUAACCUUGUAAAGAUAGCCGUCAGACUUCCAGAAUGGGAGAAGCAGGAGCCAGCUGAGCGCCACCCUGGUUGACACAGCCGAAGGCAACACCGAGCGCUGCUCCACAGGACAGACAGGUCUGCGCUCCAACAUCCCAAAGCCGCCUCGAGUAAGUCUUCUUAUAACCA